CGAAAAGCAGAUUGCUAAGAGUUUAAAGAUGAUGCCAUCGAUUGUGAAUUUCGGUAAAGUUCGGACGUACUUUCUUUUUAUAAUACAAACACUGGGGAGAUGAGAGAUGAGAAAAAGAGAUGAUAUUAACCCUCGAUUUUCCAGCAAGAACAGAGACCGCGCUUACCAUUGUUGCUGCUAACAGUUUAAAAACACAGUUAUUUCCAGAGUGUUGUCAUCAUCCAAAUCCAAGGUUAGCAUUCUUUCAGAAUCAGAAUUGGAGUACUAACAAGAGAAGUUAUCGAACCCACCACUUCUUUUAUCCAUUUCCUACACUCACAAGCCCAAGAAAUCCACCCGUAAGAGCAACUACUGCAACUGCAACAAAAAUGGUGAAGGCUAUUAGGGUUCAUGAGCUAGGUGGACCAGAGGUCCUGAAAUGGGAGGAUGUUGAGAUAGGAGAGCCAGGUGAGGGUGAGAUACGUGUUAAGAACAAGGCAAUUGGGCUUAACUUUAUCGAUGUGUACUUCCGGAAAGGAGUUUAUGCGGCUUCAACGAUGCCCUUCAUCCCAGGUAGGGAGGCUGUUGGAGAGGUGCUUGCUGUUGGCCCUGGACUUACUGGUAGGAAAGUUGGAGAUAUUGUAGCUUAUGCUGGCGAUCCUAUGGGCUCAUAUGCAGAAGAACAGAUCCUUCCUGCAAACAAAGUUGUGUCUGUUCCUGAAUCCAUUAGUCCUGUUGUUGCAGCAUCUGUCAUGCUUAAGGGCAUGACCACUCAGUUUCUACUACGCCGUUGCUUCAAGGUUGAAUCUGGGCACACAAUCCUUGUUCAUGCAGCGGCUGGUGGUGUUGGGUCUCUAUUAUGUCAAUGGGCAAAUGCCCUUGGUGCCACUGUUAUUGGAACUGUCUCGACCAAGGAGAAGGCUGCACAAGCCAAGGAAGAUGGUUGUCAGCAUGUUAUACUUUAUCAAGAAGAGGAUUUUGUUGCUCGUGUAAAUGAGAUAACAUCAUGCAACGGGGUUGACGUGGUCUAUGAUUCUGUGGGAAAGGAUACCUUUCAGGGAUCAUUGGCAUGCUUAAAGACUCGUGGUUACAUGGUGAGUUUUGGGCAGUCAUCAGGUACGCCAGAUCCAGUUCCUCUGUCUGCACUUGCACCAAAAUCACUGUUCUUGACGAGGCCUUCAAUGAUGCAUUACAAUCAAACACGCGAUGAGCUGCUAGGAGCUGCUGGAGAGUUAUUUUCUGUCCUGGCAUCGGGUGUUCUAAGGGUCCGUGUAAAUCACACGUACCCUUUAUCUCAGGCAGCACAGGCACAUGCAGACAUUGAGAGUCGAAAAACAACCGGGUCAGUUGUAUUGAUACCCUAAGGCCAUGAGCAGGCAGUGUCUAGAAUAAAGAGCAUCGCUCCAUCCCCUGGAUGGUCACAUUUGUGUUUUGUUGCUCCCUGAAUCUUUUUUAUACGAGUAUUACAAGUAAUGUUUUUUCCAUUUUAAAUGAAUCUACAAGGAAAGCUCGUGCAUGUUUUUUCUUGCUGAGUGUGCUAUGAGCUUGUUAAUUAAUUACCCAGGAAAUAUUUUCAAAUUUCUCAUUACAGGACUCCAUCGCAUUGAACUGUUAAUAUGUCAAUGUACCUCUUUCUCGAUGAGAAAUAGGAUAAUGUGUCGUUUGUGUCA